CGCUGACGUCACGACGUCCCUGCUCGGUCCAAGAUGGCGGCACUUUGGUUCCUCUCUGCCCCUCCUGUGCCUGGGCUGGGCGCGCUAUAAGAGGGAGGGAGGAGCGCAGAGCCGAGGUAAGCGGGUGAGGGGUGUUUAAAAGUGCGCGUUGUUGGCGGGGGGGGGGGGCAAGUAGUGCCUCCCCAGCCUGUGGUUUGUUUCCCCAAGUUUCCGCUAUCCCAUAAUAAGAGGGAGACCCCCGGCUAUUGGGGGUGGGGGAAGAGGCAGUGAAAUCCCCCUUCCUUGUUGGUCGCUUGCUUAUUAAUUAAACUGAACUGGCAGUUCGCCAUCUGCAGCCUUCCUUUAGCCUGAAUGGCAAUACCGCCCCCCCCCCCACGCCUUCCUUUCAUUUCAGUCAUUAACCCUCCAAUACAGCCCAUUCCCCCCCCCCAUGAUAUUUUUUGGGGGGUGCUCUGCAGUUGUUGUUGGACUCCAACUCCCAUCAGCACCAACACGGCCAGUGGAUAAGGAUGAUGGGAGUUGUAGUCUGACAGCCCCCCCGCCCCCUGCACUAGUUCAUCUCUAAGCGUUUUUUACACAGAAGGAGGGGGGGCGCCUUACUCCUGCUCAGAGAUGUUGAUUUUUUUGUUUUUCUUCUUAUGAUCAGGCUUGCAGGGACCUUAUCGUUUGGGGAGUGAUUUGGCUUUGCUAUUUGCGUUCUGCCCCCUGAUGUUUCGAGAGAGGGGAGUGUUAAUAAUUGGUAUAAUAUUAACACUGGUUGGGAUCUGCUCGCCAAUUAUCUUCCCUGCAAAUGAACAUUGAAAUUUUGCUGUGGACACAUAAUUUGCUUUGUUUUCAUUUUUAGCUGAAAAGUUAUGGGAGGAAAGACAGACAGUCACAGUGCUGCUCAUUUCAUCUAUUUUUAUGCUGUUGUUUGGGUCUGGGGUAUGAAGGAACCAAUUUUUUCAGAUGUUAAUGCAGUUGACUAAAUAAUUCAGUUUGUGCCCAGAGCCCACACCCUCUAAUUAUUAUUAUUAUUAUUAUUAUUAUUAUUAUUAUUAUCUUUAUUAUAUUUAUUUCCCACUCUUUUACCAGACCAGGACUCGAGGCUCCUUACACAAUUAAAGCAACACCCCUCUGCAUUAUUAUUUGUUAUUUAUUUAUUAAUAAAUAUUAUUGCUCUUUAUUAAAUUCAUAUACUGCCCCAGCCCUUCAUCAGUAGACCACAGGGCUGUUUAUAACAUACAACACAAAUGUCAUAAAGCAGUAUCUGUGGAACUUGGGAAAAAAGCAAUUACAUAAAUACAAUUAUAAUAAGGAAUACAUAAGUGUUUUGUUCUCUACCCCUGCCUGGUUGCCAAGAUGAGCAGCCUACCUCUCAUUGUACGUAGCUUGGAUUUCAAUGUUUCCAUCCACUUACAAUCACAGAACGUUACAAUUACCCAAAGGGUUCAUCUAGUCCAAGGUUUCCCAAACUUGAGUCUCCAGCUGUUUUGGACUAUAAUUCCCAUCACCCCUGACAGCUGGUUCUACUAGGUAGGGUUGAUGGGAGUUGUAGUUCAAAAAAUCAGCUGGAGACCCACGUUUGGGAAACCCUGAUCGAGUCCAACGCUCCACAAUGCAGGAAUCCUAGCUAAAGAAUCCCUGACCCUUCUACUCCUGCUCUUUGUUUCUCUCCCACAGCAGACCAUGGAGGGCUCCUUUGUCCAGCACAGUGUGCGUGUCCUGCAGGAACUCAACAAGCAGCGGGAGAGUGGGCAGUACUGCGAUGCCACCCUGGCAGUGGGCAGCUUGGUGUUCAAGGCACACUGGAGUGUCUUGGCGUGCUGCAGCUCCUUCUUCCGGAGCAUGUACGACGGAGCUUCCAGCAGAAUCAUCCUGCCAGAGACCUUUGUGGAGAUCUUCACGCCCCUCCUUGACUUCUUCUACACAGGCCACCUGGCCAUCACCGCGGAGAACUGGGAGAAACUUCUCGAGGCAGCCAAGGAGCUCUGCAUCCCAGAGGCAGUCAGGCUUUGCCAGGAGUUCAAGCCUGGGCGCUUGGAUGGCGGCGACCAGAAUGGCCCGUUUCCGCUCGCAAAGGACCUUGGGGGUCGCUCCGAAGCGCUAGCCGAGACGCGGGGAGAGCCAGCCCUUGGUGGCGCUGUGCCCCCAGGUGACACUGCUCGAGAAGCCAGCCCGAGCCCCUGCAUCCGGGGCAGCAAAGUGGCCCAGGGCCAAAGAGAGAGUCCCUGUCUCCUUCGGGGAAGGCUGAAAAGGUCCCCCAAAACAAUAGCGCUGAGCAAUGCAGGUGAAGUAAAGAGCGCCCCGGAAUGUAAGGAGCUCCUAAAAAGGCCACUGAAAAGAGGAGCCGCCGAGGAUGCGGGCGCCAAUCAUGAGGUGGCGUGUGGAGUCAUGUGCUAACAGAAAGGGGUUGCCUUUGUCCGCAACAAGCCCCGUCCCGGUUUGAGAAUAAAGGCGCCUUAAAGCAGCGAGCAAUGUUGGUGGGGACAAAGCAGCAGAACGCCUUUGCUGCUUGUCUUAAUGUGGGAGCAGGGGGAGGAUGGGUUGGGACCUGCACCAAGGGGCUGGGUGUCUCUGGGAUGGGGUGGGGGAAUUCAAGAUCUCUGGGGUUACUGCAUGUUCUGGCAUUUAGGGACUUGCUGUGGGGAAGCAACUUGGGGUCCUUGGGGAAGCUUUCCUGGUGUGCAGAACAACUUUGCAGAGGAUCCUGGGAUACGCCCUGGCAUGCAUGUUCAGUUUUCAGAGGGCCUCGGGGCAAGAGUAUGUUCAGGAAGGUAGUCAAGUCUGUCUUGCACUUGUACACGUUACAGGAGGAUUGGUAAACUGUGUUCCAGUCAGUUUGUCCAUCACUGCCAAUUUUUAAGCAUGGAACUGCUAAUAAGCUUCCAUAGAUGUUUCCCGUAAUUCAAAUUGGCAAGCUUCUGCACCUCCAGAAAGCAGCUGAGGAAUUUGGUUUAUGCUGCAGUGAACCCAAAUGUACGUACAGUAUGUGGUUAGUCAGAUCAGAAAUGCCUAUGGUGGUAGGGCAUGUCAGUUUAGGGAGUGUUUCUUUAAUUAUUGCAAAUUUCUUCAGUGAGGGGUCUUAAAAAUAUGUUUUUGGGUGUGAAGAAUUAAAAUCUGAUGUUUUUGUGAUUGGACAACAUUUAGCUUGGUAAGUCCAUGUCUGAUGAAGAAACGCAUAAACUGCUUUUGGAAAACUAAAGAAGUUUAAUUCUAUCUUCUGAAAAUGUCAGGUAAUGCUAAAUAAAAUAAAAUAAAAUUAAAAUAUUAAUAUAUAAUGUAACUGCAAGUACUUGGCAGUCAUUUUUAAUGAUUUCCUUGCAAUUUUACACACAUUUUACUUAACAAGCAAAACUAAAUUGUAUUAAUUUAACCAAAGCAUCUUGAUGUUACAACUUUUUAGCACCCCUCAUUUUUGGAAUUUGAAAGUUGAAAAAUUCAAGUCGCUUUACUAUGGUAGACUAUCUUCCAACAACCUGGAAUGGCUCAGAAAGUUUGUAGUUAGGAACCACUGGUGUUCAGUUAGUCUGGUCUUUGUGCAGCUCUCCAGCUUAUCUGAGAAAUCAUAAGGACUAGAGACUUAGCUAUUCAAAAAUGCAAGUUUUUGAGAUUUACAAGAGCCUGAAAGUUGUGUACAUUAAACAUCCUUGACCUGAUUCGUGGGGAUUUUGAAUAGGGCUGUACACAGUGUUUCUGGAUGGGUGGGAUCUUUCAUAGUAUUUUUUUCUGUAUGUAUAAAUAGGCGUAGUGGCUGUAAGAAAACUAUUAUUUCCUUGUUUCCCAUCUGCUAAUUUUAAUACUGAACAAUGACAAAAACACGCUAGAUGGAUAAGUCACAAUUCCAUCCCAGCUUGUACUUAGAGCUUUGUUAGAAUCAGUGAUUCGUGCAUGUUGCAGUUUUUAUGAUGCAGAAUUUGAAUUGCAGAAUCCUCAUUUCAUUUACCUUUCUUUUUUUUUAAAGCACCAAAUAAAUCCAGUGAGGCAUGGUGCAGACUCACAUGUUAUAACAGCAGAUCUACACAGGCCUGUUGUUUCCAAAGCAGCAUACAUCCAUAUACAGCAAAUCCAGGCAAUGCAGAAAUAUCACAUAUGUCAACAGGCAUCAACAAAACUGUGCACUUUGUCCCAGUACAGCACGAACUAAUAAAAGCAACUCAGAAAUAACUAACAGCUCUGAUUUCAAGGCCUGGCUGCUGUUAGUGCUCCAAAACCUGCAGAUGGGGUCAUACUGCAGUAGCAAGCUCCCUCUCACUCACAUACACACAGUGCAGGUUUGAGCUGUGAAUCUUUGUAAACAAAGAGCUUCUGAAUCUUCUAAGCCCAGUUUGCGUUCUUGUUUGUCCCAAAGGCCAGGUCUCUCUAACAAAAUGCUAAAAAUGUUCUAAUGCAACUGAAAGUCCCAAUGGGUAGCAGGAUAUUGGAUAAGAAACCUAACUGUAGUUCCGUGUAGAAUGGUGGAAGGAUUGGUUUGGCCUACUCAGUCAAGCUGCCUCUGCAAGAUUGAGAGCUGCCUGUUGGGAUUCUAGGUUCAGGCAGCUGCUGUUCUGAGAAACUGAACAGAAUAAGCAUCUUGUCAGGAAAUGGUCGGGGGGCUGCCUUGGAUUUUGGGGGAGGCUAGGGGAGAGACAAGGCCAGUUCAUCCAUCCCAUAGUAGUUUGGUUGUGUGUUGUGUACUUGAAAAAGGUGGAGCUUAGUCUAAAUAUUGUGAAACUCACAGGUCACUCAUCAAAUACUGUCAACAGUUAACAGUCCACAGUCUGAUAGUAACAGUCCAGGUAAUUCCAGGGAUGGUGAAAAUGUAUUUGUGUGGGUGGCAGCCAGUCUAUUUAAUGGAACUGAUAGAGCUGGUGAUAUGAGGACUCUGUGCUCACAGGGGUCUUGGGGACCCCUCUGCAUAUUUGAAGUGUACACCUGAAAAUGUGUAAGGGGCACGAUCAACUUCAGCAGCUCCUUCUCAAGUCUACACUCCAUUUCUAAACCAGGUUUGACCUGUGUAAAGGGUGAAAUAGUCUAGCUAUGUUUGUAUAGCAGCUUCCCCCAGCCUCAUGCCCUCCAGAUUUUUUGGGCUACAACUCCCAGCCGUCCUGGUGUUGUGGUCCAAAACACCCAGAAAGCAUCAAAGUAGCUUUGUCUUAGAGCUGCUGUGUGAGUUUAAAAUUUCAUUUUAAACAACAUUUACAAUGGUUUGGGCUAUUCCUCAGGUCCUGGGAUCAAGUAAAGGAGAAUGGUUGAAUCUCCUGAACUUGUUUCACCUGCGCCUCUUAUUUGCACUAUGUGAUUAGGCUACAAAAUAACACUUGAUGACAAUAGAACUUUUACCUAGAACGCUUAACUAAUUGGCAGGAUUGAAAUUAGCCUAUAGUUAGUUCCUUUCUUACAGUUGUACUAAAUGAACGUUUUAAAUACUUGACCAUCAUAUAUGGCCAAGUAUUAUUAUUUUUUAACUGGUCAAGUGGCUAGCGUUUGUGAUGGAUUCUGUUUAUCGUAGUACACAAAGUUGUGUUUGGGUGGGUGUGUAGAAGUUACUGCCCUGUUUUUCUCACAGCGGGAAACGCAGGAGGCUCCCGGCUCAAAUGACCUGACCGCCGAAGAUGAAGGAGGAGGGAGCAAGGAAAGGGAUGAGGAUUACAUUCCCGGGAAGAAGAGCGUGAGGACCAAAAGGAGAACUCACCUGUCCAGGAAGCCCAGCAGCUCCAAGACUGCUGGGAACAGCGGCAUGCUGGAAGCCGGGGUGCUGGGAAGCCGCAGGGGUGCGACGGGACCAGUUGAAUGCCCCACUUGCCACAAGUCCUUUCUCAGCAAGUACUAUCUCAAGGUGCACAACAGGCAAGUUCACAUGCCUUGCUGAUACGGGCUGCCUGUUUUGCCCCAAGAACCAGCUUGUGAAUUGAGGCACGGUUGGCUCCUUGCCCAGCAUUUGGAGCAGGAAUGGGCAGACUCCAAACUUGGUUUCUUAUUAGAAGCCAGAGAGCCCAGGUGCAAAACUUAGGAGUCCAGAACAGGUGCCUUUGAGCACAUUCUGUGUGGAGGGAUUUGUUUUCAGGACCAGAACUGGACUGAACUCAUUCUUCUCAGACAGAAGUCUACUUCUGGUUACUCCAGACUUUCUUUGUUUCAGCAGCCAGAUUUAGCUGUGGAGUGGGGAAGGAAGAUAUCUGUUGGUAUUGUUAAACAAUUGGGAGUCACAAACUCCUGACAGUCAACUGCUGCUGUUGCUGCUGUUUUAUGUUAUUUUAUUUUAAUGUAUUUAUAUCCUGCCUUUCUGAAGGCAGCUUCCAACAUUUAAAAGCAUUGUUACAAAAUACAAAGCAAUAAAAACUAACUAGUUAAAAACGGUAGCUAAAAUACAUCAAAACUCAUUUAGAACCAGCAAUUGAAAAUGCAGUUUGCCUGAUAGCAGGCCAAAUCACCUAGAUCAGAAGACCCUGAUCUACUUUCUGCUGGUACCUGGUUUCAAGUGAGUGCCCUUGGGAGACCAGAGCACAACAGUGCCCCACCUGCCUUGCAGGACUACUUGCAGUGGGUCACUCUGUUCUUUUUUUUUUAAUCUAUAAAAAAAUCCUUGUAACCUGCAGGAAGCACACUGGUGAGAAGCCCUUUGAAUGUUCAAAGUGCGGGAAAUGCUACUUCCGGAAGGAGAACCUGCUGGAGCACGAAGCCAGGAACUGCAUGAACCGUACAGAGCAGGUAUUAUGGGAAGGAGGGGGUUACAGCUGGAAAACACACAUAGACACUCUUGCAGUGCUGUUGGAGGAACAGCUCUGAAGUACUGGGUGGGUGGAGGCUGUUGUGGUGCCCAAGAGAGAGGGCUGCGUUGAGAUGUAGAAGACCCAGAGUCAAAUCCUGUCUCGCCCACCAGGGAGCUGACCCUGACACAGCCUGUCAGCAUUGAGCUGCAAACGCACCAGCCGCAGAGAUGGCAGCCCCAGGCCCUGUCUGGAGAGGGGUGACUUAAGGAUUUGUGCCUGCAUUGAGUCAGGACAAAAAGGGGCUGUUUGGGGUUGGGUGAUGGCUAGAAGAGGAGCAAUGCGGCCUUCUCCUUCUACAGUGCAGCCUCAUGUAGCUGUCCGCUAAUCAAAGACACAGAGGCUGGAAGCCACAGGAGGGGAGAGUGCUGCCCUUGGGCUUGAAUCCUGCUUGCGGGUUUCCCCCUAGGGCAUCCGGUUGCUCCCUAUGAAAACAGGAUGCUGGACUAGAUGGGUGAGUGGCCUGAUCCAGCAGGGCUGUUCUUAAAUUUCUCUGCCUGCUUCCUGAAGCAGCAGCGUCUCUGGCUUCGUUUCUCGAACUUGUAGGUUUGCUCGCUCUCCUUGGAGCUGGCAGUUCUAUGCAGUGCUCUCUCUCCUCCUCCCCUCCUCCCAGCUCCCUGAAUGUCCUUUUCCCUUUUCUGUCCAGGUUUUCACCUGCUCUGUCUGUCAAGAGAUGUUCAAGAGGCGGAUGGAGCUCCGUGUGCACAUGGUGUCCCAUACAGGAGAGAUGCCUUAUAAGGUCAGCCUGCCUUGCCCCUGAGUCUUGCUGGCUGCCUUGCGACAGGACAUUUUACUUUGGGGAAGGGGAGCGAUUCACAUAUCCUCAACCUUCCCUUCGAAGCUACAAGGCAGCCCUGCCAGCUGGGGCUGAUGGGAGUUGUGGUCCAAAACAUAUGGAGGGCCCCAGCUUUUGGAGGGAGGGGAAAGCUGGCAUCGGGAACAGAAGCUGUACCUGAGCUACCCUGGCCAGGUGCUCAGCUAAUCACAGAGGCUUGGAGUUGAGGUUCCCCUCGCCCUUCUAGGCUCAGGUCUGCUCUAUGGAUGGUGCUGUAUCCUUUGUUAUCAAUGGCUACUGUAGGACUUCUGGGAACAGCCCUAAUGAAGGAGCAGCCUGUAAAAGGGUUAACAGAAUACUUAAAAGUUACAGGGAUGAUUAUUGGAAAGAUUUGGAAGCGUUUUGAGGGGGUUCCUAAAGAAGAAUGGUUUAACAGAGUAAGGUGAAAGGUUGCCGGAAAAGUUGUUUUAAGUAGAGGCCAAAUGAAAAAAAAGUCUCAGCACAGCAAUACUUCGUUUUAUACAGUAAUAUUGACAGACAGGUGCUUUCAGUACAAUGUGUAUGUAUCCAAAAUUGUAGAGUUGGAAGGGACCCCGAGGGCUAUUGCGUCCCUGCAACGCCUCUUUAUCAGAUUCCCACAAAACCUUAAGGAUGCUACAGUAAUGAACUUGGGAAGCCUCCAGCCUUGAUGAAAGGGGAAAAGAGAAGAAAGUAGACCUUCAGAAUUAUUCCAGCUCUGCACCUCACCCUAUAAAUACGAGGGAUUAUCCUUUGUUUUCGGAAUCUCCAUUUUUGUUUUUAACAUCCUUUGUAAUAUGUGGGACGUUAUUCAGAUAACUGUAUGAAGGGAAGGUUAGUUUUAUAAGGUGUGGUUCAGUGUGAGAAAUGGCAUUUCUUUUCAAAUGAAAACAAACAAAAGAAUAGCAACUCUCAUCCGCCACUGACCAGCGGCUCUUGUCCCCUUGUGCUCCAGUGCUCUUCCUGCAUCCAGCAGUUCAUGCAGAAGAAGGACCUGCAGAGCCACCUCAUCAAGCUACAUGGGGCCCCCAAGCCACACGCGGUGAGUAUCGGUGUUGGCCGAGACUUGGCAAAUCGCCCUUCUGGGGAAAAUCUCACCUAAGCUGCAAAUGUCCAGGGGACAAAGUGCUUGUAAUGGCUUCUUCGCCAUUGAGUCUAAUUUUUAUUGUAUAUGGAAACACAGCAGCUCAGGAGAAUCAGGCCUCACAGGGAGUAUGUAAGUGUCUGGGUUUAGUACACUCCAAGGUUACUUUUUCAUCUUUAUUAAAACAAAAACUUGCAAUUGCUUUGAUUCUGUCAUCACAACCCACACUUCCUUUCCCUUUUGCUACGUUUGCAUUAUUAACCCAGUAAAUCGCACAGCUGCAUACAAUACUUUGUUACUGGCGAUUACGACUUGUCAUCUUUUUUUAAAAAAAGACAAUCUUAUUUUUCCUGAAACCUGUUUGUUACGGUAAGCCCAGUGGAAACAGGGAAUGUGGUUUGCUUGGGAGAUGGCAUCUUUCCUUACAUGCGAGAAUGAAGGGAAGGCCAAGCUCCAGGGAUGUUAAUAGGGGGAAAGGGGCAGUCUGCGAGGAAUAGGUUGAGCCUGAGGCCUCCUCCGCAAGACUGCUUAGCCCGCAAGGGGCACAUCCCUGACCCCAGUCCAUCCUCCUCUUCCUUCUUCAGUGCUCUGCCUGCUCCAAGUGCUUCCUGUCGCGGACGGAGCUACACCUCCACGAGGCCUUCAAGCACCGCGGGGAGAAGCUGUUUGUCUGCGAGGAGUGCGGCCACAGGGCUUCAAGUCGCAACGGGUUGCAGAUGCACAUCAAAGCUAAGCAUAGGUGUGCAGAAGUGGCCUGCUUUGUUCCUUUCCACGGGGAGCUUCCAUGCCCCAGUAUGCUCUAGCAUUGCCCUUCCUUCUCCUGUCUCUGCAGGAACGAGCGCCCCUAUGUCUGCGAGUUCUGCCAGCACGCCUUCACCCAGAAGGCCAACCUCAACAUGCACCUGCGCACGCACACCGGGGAGAAGCCCUUCCAGUGCCACCUCUGCGGUAAAACCUUCCGCACGCAAGGUAUGGGUACAGCCUGGCCCUUGGGGCCGUUCCCACUGAAGGGCAGAGUUACCACAGGGCAUCGGCUUAGGACUUGCAGGCCUGUCCCACCUGGGCUCUCUGGGAACCUAGAGAACCUCUCAGUCAGCAGGAGGCCUGGGCAAUAUCAGGUUUUCAGCGCCAUGAUGUAUCACCAGCCAAACAACGGGAUCUGGCAAUGCACCACGAUGUUGAAAUGGGGAGGAACAAGCUGCAGGCAGACUGGAGUGAGGGGCGCUGUGCUGGCUGGAGCCGGGGAGCCGUGAUGUAUCGCCAGCUCAAAAAGUCUGAAACCGGUAUUGCGGUGUGAACUUCAUACGGGUUUUGGACAAAUUACCGAUACAUCUUGCAGCUCUAGUCAUUAGUCAGGAAGGAAUAGUGGGUGCUUUGAAAGCUAUGUUUCCAUUCCCAUCACUUUUGUAAUACAGUCUGGUGUGUGUAUAGAAAUAUAAAGAAGGCCUCUCCUCCUGUUUGACUGGUUUUCUCUUCUGUGUGCACACAUCAGCAAGCCUGGACAAGCACAACCGGACCCACACAGGCGAGCGUCCCUUCAGCUGCGAGUUUUGUGACCAAAAGUUCACCGAGAGAGGCCCCCUGCUGAGGCACAUUGCCAGCCGGCACCAGGAAGGGAGGCCCCACUUCUGCCAGAUCUGUGGGAAGACUUUCAAAGGUAAGAGGAGGGAGUGUCAAAACAACUGAGUGAAUGAGUGAAAUGCUUGUUAAGAGGGGCGAAGCUUUGCUGUCUCAAAACGCGCAGUGCAAAGGCUUUUGCGUAAGAUGGAACUACGCAGUUGAGGAGCACAGAUCCUGCAGCUUGGCUUUUGCCAAUCUGAUGCCCUCCAGGUGCUGUUGUACUACAACUCCCACCAGCCCCAGGGUCUGGUAUGGUCAGGGAUUAGGGUUGGGGCACCAGAUUGUCUGCAUCUGGCUUAGUGGCAGAGCACUGAGCUUUUGUAUUCAAGGAGACCCCAGACUUAAGCCAAGUUAAAGAGGCCAUCUAGGGUGGAACGGCUGGGCAUAAAUCUUGGUAGAGCUACUGUCCAAGUUGGCCAGGCUUCUGCCCUCCAGAAGUUUUGGACAUGGCCAGCACAGCCCCUGGGAGAAGUUGCCAGAAACAUCUGGAGGAGUGGGCAGCACUGGGCUGUAUGCUGUCCUUAGGCAGCCACUUAAUGGGCCCCUGGUUUUGCUUUUCCAGCUGUGGAGCAACUGCGUGUCCACGUCCGUCGGCACAAAGGGGUGAGGAAGUUUGAAUGCACGGAAUGUGGCUACAAGUUCACACGACAGGUACGAUGCGGCACUCGUGGUCUGGCUUACGGCACAUUUAAGAAAUAGGAAUUUUGUGUUUGUGUGUGUGUGCAUAGCUGACUCCCAGGCUCUUCAAAUCCCCUCUCAAUGCCUUUUCUUUCUCAUUCUUGCAAUUCUUUUUUCCUUCUUCCCUCUCCCUACAGUAUCUGCAUUGAUUCCCCCCUUCAUUUGAGGAAAGGGGUGGCCAACCUGUGGCCCUCUGUCUAUUUUCAUGUGGCCCUCGACAUCUGCAAGUGCCUAGCAGAGGGGAAACUUGGGGUGGGAACUGGGGCAGGAGGUGAGAGUGACAAGAGGGUGGCUCUGUUCACUUUUCUCUUGGGUCCCUGCCCAACACGUGUAAGCGGCCCCCAAGAGAUUAUCCUUCAUGGAGUGUGGCCCUCGGCAGGAAGAAGAAAAGAGAAUUCUCCUCUGCCUUAGGAUGACUAAACACUUUCAAAAGUGACCCCCUUGAGAGCCACUGGCCCUCCAUAAAUCACUCUCAGUUGUCCAGAGACCUUCAGACAUUUUGUCAUCCUCACCCCAAACCCGUAAGGUGUCCCUCUAGUGCAGAUGCCCGGCUGAGGCAGACCUGCCUGAGGGAACCCAGCUCAGCCCCUGCCUUGCCUCCUUGCCCAGCAGUGCAUCUGUUACCGCCGGAAAGGGCCCUUAGCUGCUCUUCCCCACUUCCAUUUGUGGGCUCUGGGUUCCGACAUGCCAACCGUCUCUUGCUCUCUCUCGAAGGCCCACUUGAGGCGCCACAUGGAGAUUCACGACCGGGUGGAGAACUACAACCCCCGCCAAAGGAAGCUGCGGAACCUGAUCAUUGAGGACGAGAAGGCCGUGGUGGUGGCCCUGCAGCCCCCUCACGCUCUGGAGGGGGGCUCUGCCGAGGAGGUCGUGGCGGAGUCGCUCGCCCACGGCUCCCUGAGCGAGGAGCUCCCUGUACAGAGACUCUCUUCGAACGAGAACUUUGGUCCCCCGGAUGUGAUCGAACAGUCGCUGAUCAUUACCAUCCCAGAUGACUGUGAGACGUAGCGUUGUGCCCCUAUUGUAAAGCCCCAUCCCCAAUAAAGGAGAGUAAUUAAAAAAGAAAACC